AUCAUUAGUGCUACCAGAAGCUUGUAUUUCCUGGCGCCUGCAAAGCCUGCAAUCAACCUGCGGCUCGCGAUUGCUACGCUGUGGACAGAAUAACGUCUGUGCCAAGGCGAGAGCCAGUUCCCUCGUUUACCUUUAGAAGAUUGAUAAUAUCGCGAUUUCAACAACACCAUCGACGCGACGCCAGACGACACCCGGUUAACACAUCCCGAUCGCUGCCUUGCCAGCCCGGGGAGCACCUUCUCCAUCAUGCCUUCAAUCCUCAAAUCCGUCCGCGAUCUGCGGAGGAGAUCUCGAGCCAACCUGAACCGCUCCACCACCUCUUUGAACGAAUACGACACUCCCGACAAUUCCUCAGGUAAUUCUUCCAACGACUCUUCGAACACGCCCCGCCCUGCUGCCGCUGGAGACCUACAUCAAUCCUCUUCCUCAAGUCUGAGCUUAAUGACGACUCCUACAUCUGCAACGCCGAGUGAAUCGGGUAGCAUCACAAUUCGACCAAACGACGACUCAAUUCCUCCCCUUCCUUCGAAGCCAACACUCUCCUCGAAUCGGAAUAGCGUGAUUGGUUCUGUCGCUGGUGGUCCUCCUCCGGGAGAGAGAAUGGCCGCAGCGAGUGGGCCUUUCGCGCCCAGAAUCAGCUCACCCCGACCUGGCGAGCAGGUUUACCAGAAGGUGCUCCUCAUCAAUGGACAGAUUGGCCAGAACCCAAACGAACUAUCCGCGAGACCCCAAGGAGGACAACUGAAAGUUACACAUCACCAGGAUUCGUUUCCUGCAACACAAUGGAAGGUGCAGGACUCCCAGUUCAAGGCACUGGUCCAUCUCACACCGGGACCAAACAAGAUCACUCUCCUCUUUGAGCCUACCCGUCAUUCUCAUGGCUCGCACCCUUCUCUAGGUUCUAGCCGAACAACAAAAGGGCACGAAUCUUGGUUCAUGAUCUACUACGUUCCUCCGGAAUCCCCUCCUCUACAGCUGGUGAUGCUCCUGGGAAGCGAUUCUCCGGGAACGUACGAUGCCAUUCCAGCGCGAGUGUCGGGCGAAGGCAAUAAUCUGGAUGUUGCAAUUCGCAAAUACCGGAUGGCGGCAUACAUGUGGCAAGCAUUUACGGCCGAGCAGAUGCACCGGCAUGGAUUUGGACGGCGAACAUUCCAAUUCGAGGAGAGUUGGCUACACAGCAGCCUUUCCCUGCAGGAAUACGAGACGGGCGUCAUGCGCAGCCAGGCUACGGUGCAUGUCAUUCGUGUGGACAAAACCGUUGCAGAGCUCCGUGAUCUGGAAUAUGCACAGCAGUAUGCCAAGGCGACCAAGAAGUCAGAGCUGUUUAACAUUGCAGCCGAUGCGGUUCGGGAAUAUUUUCGCCCUCGAAACGGCCAGAAGAUCUACGUGUCGUGCAUGUACCUCGAUUCUCACUGGGAUCCGCAGGUCAAGACGAUCCGCGCCCAUGCGGCUCUCGGAGGAUGUUCUGGGGAUGUCAACCUCGCCAUCUUCGGCUCGCAUUGUCUGCAAAGUUACCCGUCCUCGAUCGAAGAAGUCCCGAAUGCGCUCGUGGACUGCACGCGAACCGAUACCGCUCAUGUCGCCAACGACGCAGGGGAAGCAGGCAGCAGCUGGGAAGCGGCGAAUAUUGGCAUCGGCGCUCACAUGCACGAGGUCGGUCACCUCUUCGGUUGCCCGCAUCAGGAGUCCGGCGUCAUGCAGCGCGACUAUACCCGACUUCAUCGGACAUUCCUAACCCGCGAAGCCUUCUCGACCCGCACCAAGCAGCAGGGCAUGUACAUCUGCAAACCAUCUGAUGAGUGCGGAUGGCACCGUCUUGACGCCCUUCGAUUCCGAUAUCAUCCAAGCUUCCGGCUUCCGAAAGACCCUCCCAUGGCGAAUGCCGAUUCCGGGAUUCAAACGUUCUGUAUCAAAGAAGGCGAGGCGCUCAUUAUGGCAACCUCAGGCAUUUGUUUCAUCGAGAUCCGGACCGAGAGCGACGACAUCUGCCAUCAUUGGUUGGAUUUUACGGACGUGCAGAGAACCGACUACCUUCCCAAAUCCUACCACCUUACGGAUGACGCACUCCGCAAAUUGCUCCCCUCCCGCAGGCGCAAGUCGAAACUCAAAGUGUCCAUCCACUCCAUUGCGCUGAACGAGCACACCAUCGACUGGGAUAACUUUGCUUCCAAGAGCUCUCGUGUUGAACUGAUGAAGGGCAGUCCGACGAAGAGCAAUCUUCUCAGCAACCUCACGCGCCACGCAACAUCGCACGGCUUCCGCGGCAGCAAGCUCGGCCACUCGCAGCUCCCCGAUUCCGAGGCCGGGGAGAUCGUCUUCAACUCGGUGAUCCCCCCCAAUCGGUUCAUGACGUCGAUCAAGAUCUACCACGGCAACUCCGUCGAUGGCAUCGAGUUCUGCUACGAGGAUUCCACGAGCCAGCUGCUCGGAAAGCGCGGCGGCAAGCCCGGUGGUUCGGAGUUCAAGUUCGAUACUCGGUCCGCCGAGCAGCUCUUCGGGUUCUAUGUGAGGGCGGGCGCGUGGAUCGACGGGAUCCAGAUCCUCGCCACGUCGGGCCGAAAGAGUGAGAUCUUUGGGAACGCGACUGGUGGGAGUGGGCAUCGACUCGUCCCCCCUGCCAACUUUCAGAUCUCUGGCGUCUAUGGCUCCUGUGGGGCUUGGAUGGAUGGGUUCGGUGUAAUCAUCUCCCAUUAAGACCACUCGCCCUGCGUUUCUGCCGACAUUCUUUUGUGAAGCUCCUCGUACACCCAGUGUGCUCUUUCUCAGCCGAGACGUCCCGAGCCUCUGAAUUAAGGACCCCGCUUCUUCGAACCAAGCUGUUUCCGCUCGGAUCCCAAUACCAUCGACCAUCGAACCGCCCUUUCAUACCG